AGAAACAGAGAGACCACGUGACCCCUCCAGCUCCAGCCUGCUGUUUGUUCAGAGAGAAGAAAGAUGGCGGAUCUACGAGAACCGAUACGGGACGCCGGGCUAACGUUCUGAGCUCUCAGUCCGGAUCAGAGACCGGGGCCUCUCCGGGACCAGACACAGUCUAAUCCCGCACGGUCCGGCUUCGUUAGGGGGCAGUUUUCACUGGUCUUAGUGCAUGUUUAAGACCCGGGCCCGGGAAAUAAAGGCUUUCGUGUAUCAUGAGAGGGAAGCGGGGCAGGCCGCCCAAACCCCUACAAGACCAGGACCAGACCCCAGCCACGGCCCGGGGCUUGAGACCCAGGCGGACUCUGAAGCCCAGGCCCAGGGACAGCGGGGAUGAGGACGCGGAGAGCCCCACCAGAGAGACCAUCAAGCCCGCGAAGAAGAAGAAGCGGGGAUCCGGGACGUCAACACGGGGACGGGGACGAGGACGAGGCGGCGGUGGCGGCGGCGGUAGGGGAGGCAGAGCGGGUCGAGGAGGGUCGAGGAAGACUCCUGCGUCCAAGACUGUGGUCUACGACGACCACGAGAGCGACGAGGAGGACGAUGCUGUUAGCUUCAAGUCCGAGGAGGACGUGGAGGAGGAGGAGGAGGCUCAGUCCGAGGAGGAUGAGGGCCUGAAGGAGGACUCGGACUGCCUGGAAGAUGAAGUCCUGGACGGGGAGGAGGUGGAGGAGGAUGAUGAUGGGAGCUACUGUACAGAGAGCAGCUUCAGGAGUCAGAGCACACACACCAGCACUCCAGGGAGGAAAAAAGCCCGCCCCCGACCUCGCACCCCCAUCCUGGAGGAGAAGGAGAUCCCUCAUCUUAGCCUUCCCGACUCCUCCGAGGACCUGCUGGUGACCACCGAGGAGAUGCUGAACGCCACCUCCAUCUACGAGGUGCUGAGGAACUUCAGCACCGUCCUGCGUCUCUCUCCCUUCCGCUUCGAGGACUUCUGUGCAGCACUCGUGGGCCAGGAGCAGUGCACUUUAAUCGCAGAGACCCAUAACUCCCUUCUGAAGGUCAUCCUGCGCGAGGAGGACACCUCCAACACCACCUUCGGCCCCGCCGACCUCAAGGACAGCACCAACUCCACCCUGUACUUUAUCGACGGCAUGACGUGGCCUGAGGUGCUGCGGGCGUACUGCGAGAGCGACCGCGAGUACCACCACGUCCUGCCGUACCAGGAGACUGACGAGUAUCCCUACAGUCCGCUUGAGAGUAAGAUCAAGGUGCUACAGUUUUUAGUGGACCAGUUCCUCACCACGAACAUCGCCCGCGAGGAGCUGAUGUCGGACGGCAGCAUGCAGUACGACGACCACUGCCGCGUGUGCCACCGCCUGGGGGACCUGCUGUGCUGCGAGACCUGCUCGGCGGUCUACCACCUGGAGUGCGUGAAGCCUCCUCUGGAGGUGGUUCCAGAGGACGAGUGGCAGUGCGAGAUCUGCGUGGCGCACAAGGUGCCCGGCGUCACGGACUGCGUGUCGGAGGUGCAGAGGAACAGACCCUACAUCCGCCAGGAGCCCAUCGGAUAUGACCGCCACCAGAGGAAGUACUGGUUCGUGAACAGAAGGAUUAUUGUCGAGGAGGACGGCGACCACGAGAAGAAGAAGAUCUGGUACUACAGCACCAAGGCGCAGCUGGAGGAGCUGAUGGAGGGCCUGGAUAAGGAGUACUGGGAGACGGACCUCCACGCCACGCUGGAGGAGAUGAAGGAGGAGGUGCAGGCUCACAUGGACAUCACGGAGGACCUGACCAACAAAGCCCGCGCAACCAACAAAGCCUACCUCACCGCUGUCAACGAAGUGGUCACGGAGCGAUUGAAGAUCCGGCGGGAGUCUCAGGAGGCGAAGAGGCGAGCCGAGGAGUCGAAGCGAGAAGCGGAGGUUAGCUCCGUCAGGACGGACGUGGACACUACGGCGCUCCAACACCGAGACGCUCCGCCUACAAAUGAUGCCAACUCUCAAGCAGCCGCAGCUCCGCCUGCAGCAGACGAGAGCUCGGCGUCUCAUCCUAACGCUAAGUCGACCCCGGACGCGGUCUCGCCUCCCACGGAGAGCCUCCAAGCUAACAAGGACGCGCAGCCUGCUCGGUCUAAGACCCCAGAGAGCUCGCGGUCCCCUGUGUUGGCGGGGCAGGAGAGGACAGGUGAGGAUGUAAAAGCAGAAUCCAGCAGUGAAAACAAGCAGCCGCAAACAUCCAAUCAGCCGCAGCAUCAACCGUCUCAGCGCGGCGGCGGUGGCAGUCAGGUCUCUGGAUCUGCGAGCGACUUGAAAGCGGAGCACCCGGAGCUCCACGAUCCGUCCUCUCGGUCCUCUUUCACCAGCCAGGACGGGACAGAUGAGUAUAAUGAACGGAUGAAGGACGACAGAGGAGGAGCAGCGGGACAAGAAUCCAAUCACCAAACACCAAGAGGAAGCAAAGAGUCCUCCCCCUUACCCUCCGACGCCGACGCUACCCGCCUCAGCUUCAUCAAAAGGGACCUGGCGGUGAACCUGAACAACCUCUUCAAACUGGGUCAGGAGGGCAAGUACAGAGUCUACCACAACCAGUUCAGCACCAACGUCCUGGCCCUGAACAAGCACCAGCACCGAGAGGACCACGACAAGAGACGCCACCUCUCCCACAAGUUCAGCCUGACCACCGCCGCCGAGUUCAAGUGGAACGGCUCCAUCUACGGCUCCCGGAGUCUCACCGUGUCCACGCUGCGGCUCACCAUCAUCCAGCUGGAGACCAACAUCCCCGGACCCUUCAUGCACCCAAACUGGGCCUCCCACAGGACUAACUGGAACAAAGCGGUGCAGAUGUGCAGCAAAGCCAGAGAGUUCGCUUUAGCCUUAGCCAUCCUGGAGUGUGCCAUCAAACCUGUGGUCAUGCUGCCCGUGUGGAAGGACUCCCUCGGACACACCAGGCUCCAUCGGAUGACCUCCAUGGAGCGCGAGGAGAAGGAGAAGGUGAAGAAGAGAGAGAAGAAACUGGAGGACGAGGAGACGCUGCAGCAGGCCACGUGGGUGAAGUACACCAUCCCCAUCAAGCACCAGGUCUGGAAGCAGAAGGGCGAGGAGUACAGGGUGACCGGGUACGGCGGCUGGAGCUGGGUCAGUAAGACUCACGUGCCGCGUUUCGUUCCGAAGCUCCCCGGGAAUACGAACGUGAACUACCGCAAAGAACUCGAGGCAGCUAGAUUAAGAAAGGAAACAGAAGAAGCUUCCAGAAAUAAGAAGGACAGUUCUGCAGAAACAGAGAAAGAGGUGACUCAAGAGUCAACAGCUGACUCAGAGGAGGACAAACCUCAGAGCGCUCCAUCAGAGGAGGACAAACCUCAGACCUCCACAGAGGAGGAGAAACCUCAGAGUGCUCCAUCAGAGGAGGACAAACCUCAGACCUCCACAGAGGAGGAGAAACCUCAGACCUCCACAGAAGAGGAGAAACCUCAGAGCGCUCAAUCAGAGGAGGAGAAACCUCAGAUCUUCACAGAGGAGGAGAAGAGGGAAGGUAAAGAAAUGGAGGUCGAAACCUGCAAAGAAAACUCAGCUCCAAGUGAAGAGAAAGAUCAAUCUGAGAACCCGGAGCGUUCCUCGUCACCAGCACAGCCUGCAAAGGAAGAACCAGUCCUGAAAGUGGAGCCGCCCAAGAAGGAGGAGGACGCCGCUCCGAAGCCGUACUACGAUGUCGUGAACGUCAGCGAGGGCUUCCAGCUGCGGACGGCGUACAAGAAGAAGGUGAAGCCGUCUCGUCUGGACGGGCUUCUGGAGCGGCGGGUGAAACAGUUCACUCUGGAGGAGAAGCAGAGGCUGGAGAAGAUGAGACAGGCGGCGCUCCUGCAGGCCAAAACGACCGCAGCGAAGCCUCCUCCUCCUCCUGGAGUGAAGACUGAAGAGCGGACGUCCGGCAAACCGCAGCCGGCUGUCAGCCCCAGUGUGAAGGAGGAGGAGGAGGUGGACGGCGCUCAGGUGAAGGACGGCGUGGUGAAACGCCUGAGCUUCGAGCCGGAGCAGACGGAGAUCAAAGCAGACAACUCGGACGCCAAGCAGACGGAGGGGAGCGCCGGGAACGGGGAGGCGUUACCUCACCAAGAGAUGAACGGAGGAACUCCAGCAGGCGCUGAGUUCAGUGCGAACAGUCUGUCGGACGCCGUCGAGAGCAAAGAGAUACAGAAACAGGAAGUGUCUCGAGCUGGAGAGAACGCCAAGAAGCGUGCGUACGACGACAUCGGGGGCUCAGAGAGCGUGGAGGCUGAAAAGAGCAGGAGCAGUCCGCUGCAGGUGAACGGGCAAGCCGGGGUCAGCAACUCAGACGGGGACGCCAAAGAGCCGCAGAAAGAGCCCGUCAGGUCUCUGAUGAACGGAAACAUCUCGCAGAACAACGUGCCGGACGUCUGUCAUCAGCCUCCGAUGAAAGUCCCGAAGUUAGAGAACCACGUGACGGAGAGAGGAGACGAGAAGAGCGAGGACGGAGCCGUGAAGAGCAGAGGGACAGAGCCGGCUUCCUGUUUGAAUAAUAACAACGCCACAGAGAAGAGCAGCGGCGAGGGCGUGAAGACUUCUGUCCCCGCCGCAGAGUCCAACAACGCAGCGAACGCCCUCUCCUCCAGAGCAGCCCUCCCUCUGAAGCCCAAAACAGCUUCAACCAGCAGCUCCAUGACCAUCAGUAAGGAGUACUCCACCAGAGACCGGGUCAGCCUCCUCAGGUUCUCCAAGUCCAAGAAGGCGCGAUCAGGGACGGCCCUCCCGUCCUACCGCAAGUUCGUCACCAAGAGCAGCAAGAAGAGCAUCUUCAUCCUGCCCAACGACGACCUGAAGAGGCUGGCCAGGAGGUCGGGGAUCAGAGAGGUGCCCAUCUUCAACUACAACGCCAAACCCGCCCUGGAUAUCUGGCCUUACCCGUCACCUCGACCCACCUUUGGGAUCACGUGGAGGUAUCGUCUGCAGACGGUGAGGUCUCUGGCGGGGGUCAGCCUGAUGCUGAGGCUGCUGUGGGCCUGCCUCAGGUGGGACGACAUGGCCGUGAAGCCGUCUGCUGCCGUGGGGACGACUAGGAAAGAAACCACGGACACCGACAUCAUCACCACAGAGAUCAUAAAGCGGCGAGACGUGGGGCCGUACGGCAUCCGCUCCGAGUACUGCAUCAGGAAGAUCAUCUGUCCCAUCGGGAACAGAGACACUCCCAAAGAGACCCCGACUCCUCAGAGGAAAGGUCUCCGCUCCAGUGCCUUAAGGCCAAAGAAGCACGAGCCCGCCAAGCUGACCGGACCUCUGGCGGUGGAGUCGUGGGUGACCGAGGAGGAGCUGGAGCUGUGGGAGAUCAGGGCCUUCGCAGAGAAACUGGAGAGAGACAAGUCGCAGGGCAUCGACUCCUCCAAGAGCAGCAACCUGAGGACGGCCGAGGACGUCAAGGCUCACCUGGAGAAUCAGCUGAGGCAGGCCAGACUGGCAGCACAGCAGAAACGUCUGGAGCAGCCGAGGCCGAGCACGCCCGGCUCCUCUUUCACCACAACAACAACAACAACCAGCUCCACCUCUUCCAGCACUCCCAGCACCCUGGCGUCCUCCAACCAGAGGCCGGGCCAGGUCACACCGGGAACCAAGAUGGUCCUGGCCACCAAACUGGGCUCUCCGGUCUCCUUCCAGCAAGACAAAAACUUCCACCAGUCGUUCGCUUCCUGGGUCAAACAGGGUCAGAGCGGCAAGGACAACAACUCAGGUCCAGUCCAGCAGAAAGUCUUGGGUAUAUUCCCCUCCGGACCUCCUGCAAACCUGAGGACGUACAGCACACUGCAUCCCACGACGGGGAACAUCAACCUCAGAGCCUCCACCUCCAACACACAGCAGGCGAUCGCAGCAGGAAUCCAAACACAACCUGGCACGACGAUGACCCAGACCGCAUCUCCGUCUACCUCCGUGAGCCCCGCGCUGGUCCGAGGUCCGGCUCAACAAGGCCUGACUCAGCAGCCGGUGACCUCCAUGGGUCCGGCUCAGCCUGGAUCCACACCUGUGGCUGGAUCUACACCUGCAGUUCAGAGAGCCGCCGCACCUGCAGCCACCCCUCCGGCCACUAGACCGCAACAGGGUCAGGUUAAACUCACGAUGGCUCAGCUCAUGCAGCUCACGCAGGGAGCUCAGGGUGGAAACCCGGGUCUGACGGUGGUGAUCCAGGGUCAGGGUCAGACCCAGGGCCAGCUUCAGAUCAUCCCGCAGGGUGUCACGGUCAUCCCCGGUCCCGGUCAGCAGCUCAUGCAGGCCGCCAUGCCGAACGGCCAGGUGCAGCGCUUCCUCUUCACCCCCGUGCUUCCAUCCUCGUCCGCUUCGACCACCGCCACCCCGACCAAACCCGGACUCGCUCAGACCCCUCCCACUCAGAUGUCGUCACCAGCUCAAGCCAGACCCCUUGCACAAGUCCAGACCACUCCCUCAGCCCUGGCUCAGACUCAAAUGGCAGCUCCUAUCCCCGCCCCGACACACAUGCCAGGUCUCGCCCCCAAUUCUGUCCCCGCUCCUCUUACCCCGGCUGCUCAGAUCUCCAUGCAGACUCAAGGUCCAGGUGGUCCCCCGUUAUCCGGUCCUGCUCUACCCCACGUUGCACCCCGCCCCACCACGCAGGUUUUAUCUUCGACGCUGGCGUCUGUAUCCGUGCAGCCUCCAGUAGCAAGACCUGUUUUCAGCUCCGCCCCCGCCAUGGUCCAGACCCCGGGGUCCUACCCCACACAGACCCAAACCACAAUGUCGCUUCCGAUCCCAAGACCGGCUGCCCCCCUGCACCACCUCCAGACGUUCAACACCACCCCCGUUCUAACGUCGGCCCCAGUCCAGAUGCACGUCUCCGCCCCCAUCCCCGCUCUCGCCCCGGUCUCAGGCCCCCCUAACUUAGCCCCGAUGCCCGUCUCUGCCUCCCUUCCCUCGCCGGUCCAAGUCCCGACCCCGGCCCUCGCUCCGGUCUCUGCUCCCGUCAUCGCUGUGGUGUCCACGCAGAUGCCGGUCCACUCCCCCGGCAGAGCUCUCACCCAAAUUCAGACCACCGCUCCUGUCCCCCUUCACGCUGCUGUGGCCAACGCUGUCGUCACGCCGGUCACGGCGACCUCGACGAGGCCGUCAGUGCCGGCUCUGAUGGAGCAGCGGGCGGCUCAGCCCCAGGUCUGGACUUCAGUCUCCCCUCAGGCUCAGAAUCCGCCUCAGCAGGCCGCAGCUCCACUUCAGACUCCGACCCAGGUCCCUCUCCCCGUCCCCGCAUCGCUCUCCACACAUUCCCCCGUCACCACUCUGCCUCAAGCUCAAGUCCAAGUCCAGCACCCGGGCGUCGUGUCAGUGCAGCAGGUCUCACAGAUCCCGGUCUCAGCGGUCCAGGUUCACAUGAAAGGAUUACCGGUCUCGUCUGUCGUCACCACAAUGAGACCCCCGCAGCCUCAAAUCCAGACCCAACCACACCAGAUCUGUGCUCAGAUUCAGGUCCAGCCCUUCAGCCAAGUCCAGCAGAUUCAGCCCCAAGCACAAGCCCAGAACCACCCCCAGGUCCGAGUCCAGUUUGAACCACAGACUCAGCAGCAUGCCCAAGUCCAGCCCGCUCCCCCGAAUCAACCUCAGGCCCAGUUUCAUUCACAAAACCAAACCCUAGCCCAGGUCCAGAUCUCAGCACAGUCCCAGCUCCAGUCCAGGGUUCAACCUCAGUUCCACCAACAGGGACAAGCCCCCUUUCAAACCCAGACUCAACCCCAGCCUCAGGUCCAACAGGUCCAACAGGUCCAACAGGUCCAACAGGUCCAACAGGUCCAAGCUCCUCAUGUUCAGUCUCAGGCCCAAACACAGCUCCAGACCCAGAUCCAGACCCAGCUCCACCCCCAGGUUCAGGUCCAGUUCCAGCAGCAGAGCCAGAUUCACCAACAGACUCAGGCCACGCAGCAACCCCAGGUCCAAGCCCAGCCCCAGUUUCAGGUCCAGUCCCCUCAGCAGGCCCAGGUCCAACAGCAGAUUCAGGUCCAAACUCAACCCCAAGUCCAAGCUAAACUUCAAGUCCAGUUCCAGCCUCAGAACCAAACUCAAGUCCAAGGGCAGCCCCAGCUUCAGGUCCAGUCCCCCAUCAGGCACCAGCUCAUCACCGUGCCCGGCCUCCAGCAGCCGGUCCAGCUCCUGUCAGCCCUCCCGCCCCACGUCGCAGCCCAGAUCCAAGCCCAGAUCCAGGCCCAGGCCCAGCAGCAGGGGGGCACGAUCCCCCAGCAGAUCAAACUGCAGCUGCCAAUCCAGAUCCAGCAGACAGGGGGGCAGAUCCAGACCCACCAGAUCCAGAACAUGGUGACGAUACAGGCCCCGGCGAGUGUUCAGGAGCAGCUUCAGAGGAUACAACAACAACAACAGCAACAACAGCAGCAACAACAACAACAACAACAACAACAACAGCAGCAGCAACAACAACAACCAAAACCAAAGAAGAAGAAACACCUGGAGGCUAAAAGGGAACAGAAAGAGCAGACCCUGCAGACCGUCAGUCCCGGGGACGGGGUCCAGAAACCGGUCGUGAUGAAGCAGAACUCGAGCGCCGAGCAGCUGAAGCAGAGGAAGAGUCUGGCUGCAGCCGAGCGGGAGGAGAACCAGAGAAUGAUCGUGUGCAACCAGGUGAUGAAGUUCAUCCUGGACAAGAUCGAGAAGGACGAGAAGCAGGCGGCUAAGAAGAGGAAGAAGGAGGAGGUGGUGGAGCAGAAACGCUCCAAGCAGAACGCCACCAAGCUGACGGCGCUGCUGUACAAACACAAGGAGCAGCUGAAGGCCGAGAUCCUGAAGAAGAGGGCGCUGCUGGACAAGGAGCUGCAGCUGCAAGUCCAGGAGGAGCUGAGGCGGGACAUCGCCCGGCUGCAGAAGGAGAAGGACAGAGCUCGAGCCGCCAUCACUCAGGCCGCCGCCGCAACCGUCAAGGCUGCCGCGGCCCACUCCUCCCACGCUCCCCACGCCACACAUUCCUCUCACAGCACCCACACCUCACCCUCGCCUUCCUCCUCUCACAAACGAAAGAGAGAGGAGGAGCGGGACAGAAUCCGAGACAGAGACCGGGACCGACAUCACGACAAGGACAAGAAGAGGGAGCGGGACAAAGACAAAGACAAAGACCGGGACAGAGAGAAAGAUCGAGACAGCGAGCGAGAGAGGGAGAGGGAGAGAGAGAGGGAGCGGGACAGACAUCGGGACAGGGAAAAACACCGGGACAGGGACAGAGAGAAAGACAAGGACCGGGACAGAGACAGGGACCGAGACUCAAACUCCUCCAAACACAAGAAGAAGAAGAAGAAGCUCUCUUCUACCUCAAAGGACCACAAGAAAGACAGCAAGCUGUACUGUGUCUGCAAGACCCCCUACGACGAGUCCAAGUUCUACAUCGGGUGUGAUCUGUGCUCCAACUGGUUCCACGGCGUGUGUGUCGGCAUCACGGAGAAGGAGGCGAAGAAGCUGGAGGACUUCGUGUGCAACGACUGCAAACAGGGUCAGGAGGGGGCGAGCAACCAGGAGUUAUACUGCAUCUGCAGGACGCCGUACGACGAGUCACAGUAA